AUGACGAGUCCCAAGGUUCCCGAGGAGCAGGUCGUCGGAAGUAAAGUGGUUGAGGGGCAAUACUCAGUGCAGACCACUGAUGUUGGCGACACGCAGUCAGGUUUCACUGCUACUGCGUCCCUGGACGAGUCAGCAGUGGCCAACACGUGGCAAGGCGUGCCGGAUUUCCCCUUCGAGUUGCCGUCUGGGAAGAUGGGCCUAGGCUGUCAGCUGACCCCGCCAGUCACCUUCCCGCGAAUCAUCUCCGCAGCCGACAUCGUGGAGGCCUUUGAUGAUGCUUUUACGUGCUCGCUGCUGCCGUGGGAGGAGGAGUUAGGUUCUUUGCACACGUUCAUACUCCAAGAGUGGGGCUUGGGAUCCCAAGAAGAACCACAGAGGCGAAGGAAGGAUCGGCGAAACGACGAGGCGGCGCGAAGGGGAUUGCAGUCACUGAUCGCACCACCUGGGGACCUUGAAGGCGAAAAUCAGAAAUUUAUUUGCGUCUUCCAAGUUGGCUUGGAGGAUGAUGAGGAGUUUUGCUUGGUGAAGCGCAUUCUUGGCAAGGCCGGCAACAACAUGCGGCGGAUCGCAGAUGAGUGCAAUGCGAAGGUGCGCUUGCGGGGCAUCGGCAGUGGCUUCCUGGAAGGAUCAGAUGGCUGCGAGGCAAACAUGCCACUGCAGCUGAACGUCAGCUGCACGGAUUACUCGGACUAUGUUGCGGCAGUGGACCAGGUGGCGUCCUUGCUGAAGGACUUGUACAAGCACUACAGGCGGUACGCAAGGUCGAAGGGCAUGGAGCCCCCAGAUGUCCGGCUCAGCGUGGAUGAGGUCAGGCGCGACGACCUGCGCCUGGACCAACUGGCAGCCAAGGCGUGCCAGCUCCGCAACUGA